GCGGGCAGCCGAGCGGCGCGGAAUCCCACCCCCCCACCCCGCCUCCUUUCGCCUGCGCCGCCCGAAGGGGGAGGGAGAAAGCCAAGCUCGCGCCCGGGUCGCGGGGCGCGCGGAGCCCCGGGGUGAAAGAUGCGCGGGCGCCCAGCCGCUUUGGAUCCCGCGCAGCGGCGGCGGCUGCAGCGGCGGCUGGGCGCCGGGAUCGAGUCCCCCGGGGGGGGGGCAUCUGAAGGCGGCGCCAUGACGCCCCCCGCCUGGGCGUGAGUCUGCCCGGCGCGCCUGGCGGGAAGCGAUCCUGAGCGCUCGGGAUCGGCCCGGGCGGAGGGCGCGCCUCCGGAGGAGCCGUCGCAGCCGCCGGUGGGAGAAGGAAAUCCUUCACCCCGCUCACUCGCUCGUCUCCCCGAAAGUGCCAUUCUGCACAUCAACCCAGAUUUCCAAUGUCCUGACUGGGUCUAAGAUGAAGAUAUGGAAGUUUGCAGCCAUAGGCACCAUGGUUUUCGGCUCCAUGCUCUCCGUUUUGGUUUGUAGAGACGUGCUCAGCCGGCUCCUCAAAUCCGCUGCCUUCCCUUUGUCGCUGUUCUCCAGAACUGACGCCACUGACGCCUCCUCCUCCUCCUCGUUGACCCAGGGAUCCAGAAGACGUCCGCGGGAGCUGGGACGCCACAGGUCGCUGAUCUCCCAGUACAGCACUUUGUUCGAGAGCUACACCGAGGGGGAAAUCCACCAGCUGAUCUCCACUUUGAUCGAGCGCUACAGCCAGUCCAUGAACUCGGGAGAACACGAGCUGCCUCUCUUGGCCAAAGCCGGCAACCGGAUGAAGCGCGCCAAGGCCCGCCACAAGCCCUGCUCCCUCAAGGAGCUGGAGGUGACCAUCAGCGAGCUAGGCCUGGGCUACAAUUCGGACGAGACAGUCCUCUUCCGCUACUGCAGCGGGACCUGUGACUCGGCCGUGCGGAACUACGACCUCUCCCUGAAGCACGUGCGGAGCAGGAGGAAGAUCCGGAAGGAGAAGGUGCGAGCGCGUCCGUGCUGCAGACCGUUGUCCUACGACGAUGACAUCUCGUUCUUGGACACGGGUAACCGAUACUACACCGUAAAUGAGGUCUCGGCCAAGGAAUGCGGCUGCGUGUGACCGGGAGGAGGAAACGCCAACGAGAAGGAAGAGAGUCUCCGUCUCCCUUGGCUGCGCCCAUGGGGGACCAGCCAGGGUGUACCUCCAGGAGGAAAGCAAAGGAGAGCAGACGAGAGAGGACCGGAGGUGGACAACUGCUUGGAAGGUCUACCUCAAGGAUGGUGGUGGGCCAAAGGACUCACAGCUGGAGGACCAGCAUUUUUGGCAGGAUAUGCCGAGCAGCUGGGAAGCAGAGAUGGCUAUAUUUGGGACCUCCCCCAAUAGCUUCCACCUUCUGACCAGAUGUGGCACUGGACACUGGACAGAAGGCCCUUCUUUUGAGUCUUGACCAACAUGCGUUCUCGGCUUCCACAAAAGAGGGGGGGGGGCUUCCCAGGACUGACGCUGCAUGGUUGGGAAGAAAAAAAAACGAGAACACUUGACUCAUUCCCAGCUUUCCAUGCACAACGAAGGGGUCUUGCCUGCGAUCUUCAACAGAUUGUGUCUGCUAAAAUGCACGAGCGAAGCCUGGGAGGUCCUCCGUUAAGUGAUUCCAUUUGGGAACCGAAGUUGUGGGGGGGGGGGUGUUCCUGUCUGGCAGGCCAAGAUUCUGUUUCUUUAAAAGACUUGCUGGUAAAAGAGGCUGGCAGGUUGAGGGAUUCUUCCCUCGCGUCAUUGCGUUCACGUACUGGCACCAUGAUCAACAGGACCAUGUAAAAAUAAUAUAUAUAUAUGUAUAAUAUAUAUAUAUGUGUGUGUUUAUGUAGUAUGUAUGUAUUUGGUUGUUCGGGUUUUCUCCCGUGUAAAAUUGGAAGUGUCUUGGCGACGUUU